ACGUGCGGCCACGUGACGCCUCCAUCCGGGUUCCUGACACGGACUCACUCUCCAUCAUGGCGGCUUCAGCCAAGAAAAAGAACAAGAAGGGGAAGACUUUGACUCUCACAGACUUCCUGGCCGAGGACAGUGGGGGAAAUAGCCCUGCAAAUUAUGCGCCUGUGAAACCCACCAGUUGGGCAGAUGAAACUGAUGAUCUGGAAGGAGAUGUUUCUACCUCCUGGCACACAGAGGAUGAUGUCUACAGAGCACCACCUAUUGACCGGUCCAUCUUGCCUACAGCACCUCGGGCUGCCCGGGAGCCUAAUGUGAAUCGGUCUUGUCUUCCACGCAGCCCACCCUAUACUGCCUUUCUGGGAAACCUGCCCUAUGAAGUCUCUGAAGAGUCUAUCAAGGAAUUUUUCCGGGGUCUUAAUAUCAGUGCAGUUCGACUGCCAAGGGAACCUGGCAAUCCUGAGAGACUCAAAGGCUUUGGCUAUGCAGAAUUUGAUGACGUGGAAUCCCUGCUGCAAGCACUAAGCCUCAAUGAAGCGAGUCUUGGUAACCGUAGGAUCCGGGUGGACGUUGCAGACCAGUCUCAAGAGAAAGACCGAGAGGAACGUUCUAUGUCUGGCCGGGAUCGUGACCGGAACAGAGGUGACAGUGGCCCAGAUAAGACUGACAGUGAUUGGCGAGCAAGACCAAGUGGAGAUGAUGAUGGUAGACCUCGCCGUGGAGAAGAUUCAUUUGGGGAAAGGUCACGGGACCGUUAUGAGUCAGACCGGUUCCGUGAUGGACCUCGUAGAGAAAUGGAUCGUUAUGAUGGUGGUCGAGAACGAUACAGGGAAAGAUAUGAUGAUCGUGACCGAAGAGAUUUUGACAAAAUGGGAUAUGAUGCUCGAAGUGGGGGACGACGGCCCUUUGGAAGUGGUUUCCGCCGUGAUUAUGAGGACCGAAGAGAUGAUUUUCGAGGUAGUAAUGAUCGUUAUGGUGACCGAUAUGGCGAUAAGGAAGAUCGGUAUGAAAGAAGAGAUGACAGGCGUGAAGAGAGAGGUCCUCCUCAGAGACCCAAGCUGAAUCUGAAGCCCAGGAGUGUCCCCAAGGAGGAAACGGUGGUAGCACCCUCUUCCCAGACAAGUCGGGCUGCAUCCAUCUUUGGGGGAGCUAAACCCGUGGAUACAGCUGCCAAAGAACGGGAGGUAGAAGAAAGGCUAAAGAAAGAGCAGGAGAAACUUCAGAGGCAGCUGGAGGACGACAAGAGCCGGAUGGGUGAGCGUCGACCUAGAGAAAGGCAUCCCAGUUGGCGCAGUGAUGAACAACCUACAGAGAGGUCCCGGACAGGUAGCGAGUCCUCACAGCAGGGUGGAACUGGCAGAGCAUCAAGACGCAGAGAAAGUGAGCGCUCCGUAGAGAAUGAGGUGUUCAAUCGUGAAGAGGAUCCUCCUUCACCAGGAACAAGGCCGCCUCAGAAGCAUGACUCCUUGCCUCUAAAAGUAGUCCCAGCCCCACCUCCCAAGGAAAAUGCCUGGGCAAAGCGCAGUUCAGUGUCUGAAAGAACGACUGAUGGUGAAUUGCGUUCACCAGUGUCACCAAGCAGCACAAGCCCUCCUAAGCUGACAAGCCCUGCAGGUUCUGCUGAAGAGAAAUUCCCUCCAAAAGGAAAAGAUGAGAACAAGGCUGACGGUGUUCGGCGGGACCGAGCCCCUGGGAAAGGGAGGGGUGGAUCUACAGGCCUGGGUACAGGGAGGGGGAGAGGAGAAGGCGUGAACAAAGAGAGACGACGAGAGGCUGACAGGAAAGACAGUAGAAGAGAGCAAGAGCCCAAACAAGUACCUGAGCCAAAGAAAUAUGAGGAAUCGCCAAGCCCUAAAUUCAGCUCAGCAAGUAAGUACGCAGCUUUGCUGAUGGAUGGUGAAGAUGAUGUGGGUAUAGAUGAGAGUGCUGAAUAAAUUCUACAAUAAAGGAAG